AUGUCUGUUACCACACAAUUGGCCCCCCAGCUGGCUGAAUCCAACACCACAGCCACCACCACCACCAUCCCAGCACCUAAACCAAGUCCUGCCAUUUCAAAAGAACACCCUGAUCUUCAAUCUCCCGCCUUCACCAGAUGGAGACCAUCAUACCACCUCCUAGCUCCCCACGGGUGGCUCAACGACCCCUGCGGUCCCGGCUACGACCCAUCCACAGACAAAUACCAUCUCGCCUUCCAAUGGAACCCCAAAGACAACGACUGGGGCAAUAUAUCCUGGGGCCGCGCAACGUCACACGAUCUCGUCUCGUGGGAGGUUGACCCGAAUCCAUGCCUCGUCCCUUCAGCUCCCUAUGACUUCAAGGGCAUCUUCACGGGCUGCUUCCAGCCAACGAACAUAGACGGACAGGUUGAUGGUACGCUCAUGUACGUUUAUACGUCGGUUAGCAAGCUGCCUAUUCACUAUACCCUGCCUUAUACACCCGGGUGCGAAACACUGAGCAUCGCGCUAUCCCGCGACGCUGGACGCACCUGGGACAGAUAUCAAAACAACCCUAUCCUGGACAGACCCCCGCCCGGCGUGAAUGUAACGGGCUGGCGAGACCCGUAUCUAUUCUCCUGGCCCUCUGCACCGGAGACGGUUAGGACCCGCGCGCAGAAUGCGGCUGGCUCGAGAGAUGUCAUGUACGGCUUCAUCUCGGGUGGGAUAGUCGGGCAGACCCCGACGAUAUUCGUGUACGCUGUCCCGCGAAAUGGUUUGAGCAAGUGGACAUAUAUUGGAAACUUGCUGGAUGUUGGAUUGAACCUGGUGCCGUCGUGGUGGACUGGUGAUUUCGGCGUGAACUGGGAGGUUACGAAUCUGGUGACGCUGAGAGACGACGAGGGCGUUUCGCGGGAUUUCCUCAUUAUGGGUGUUGAGGGAUGCAUUCCAGCAGAAAUUGGAGACAAAGACAACAACAGGAAGACUGUUGCGAAGGAUCGAAGGAUCCAUAGGUCCCAGUUGUGGAUGUGCAUCAGUAACAACGAGACCUCAUCUUCAGCGCUAAUGCAGUAUGCCUACGGUGGGAUCUUCGAUAGCGGACUCUUCUACGCCGCGAAUUCAUUCUGGGACCCUGCUACACAGAAACAGGUGUUGUUUGGCUGGAUCACGGAGGAGGAUCUGCCGGACGAUAUUCGCAGAGAGCAGGGGUGGAGUGGGCUGAUUUCACUGCCGAGGGUUAUGAAGCUGCAGACUAUCCACCGGGUGAAGAGGGCGCGAUUGACUGCAUUGAGUAAUAUUACUUCGAUUGAGGUGACACCUGAUGAUCAUGGUUCGUAUACAGUGCGGACUUUGGGGGUUACUCUUGAUCCGCGGGUGAUGAAGUUGCGUGAGGGCGCGAAGGAGAGCACACUUCGUGAUUUGGCGUUGGGGCAUAGAAAUGGAGAGCAUAUGCAUGAUCAUAUUGAGCUCAGCACAACGAGGUGGGAAGUUGAAGCUGAGAUUUCGGUUGGCAAAACCUGUACGAGCGUUGGGCUGGAGAUUCAUCACGAAGACCUCAAGACCGUUCUAUUCUGGGAUCCAACACCCGAAACAUUCCAAAUCGACCGGCCGGAUUUCCAGAAUACACGACACCGCGGAAUCAAUCAUGAUCCUGAAACCGCCCCCCAUACUUUAUUCACAUAUAGUUCGGGACAGGGCUUGUCUGAUGCUGAAGAGGUGGAAGAAACACUGCGCAUCCGAGCACUAUUCGAUGCAAGCGUGCUCGAGGUCUUCGUGAACGAACGAACGGCCAUAUCAACUCGGAUAUACAAUGCCAGAAAGACGGACUCUGGCCCUACUAGCACUACGAUACAAUUCUUUGCUGAAUCGGCUGUAAGUGAAGGGAAUGAGGAUACUGUGGCGAAACUUCUUCACGCCACAGCCUGGGAUGGACUCACUGGGAAUAGAGAUAGACAAUCACCUUAG